GACUAUUUCCUGGAUCAAGCUAUAUUUCAUUUCAUUUGCUCUUCUUUUUAUUCAUAAUUCAUCGACUAACUCAACAUCAUGAAGUUCACUGUAUUAAUUUCACUCAUGUCUUACUGCACUUCUAUGACGAUUGCCGAAUCGAACUUUGACAACGAAGACUUGAAACUAGAACUUGUACAAGUGCUUUUUAGACACGGAGCUCGAACUCCUAAAAAAUCUGAAAUAGAUGUUUACAAUUUCACCCCACAGUCGUCGUACGAGUCUUUCGGCCUCGGUCAAUUGACCACUAAGGGCAAACAGCAAGAAUAUCAGUUUGGUCAAUUUUUGAGAUCUCGAUACAACAGCUUCCUGGGACCACACUACAAGCCCAAAGACGUUUACGCUUUCGCGAGUACGGCGGAUCGCACGCAAAUGUCACUCCAGCUCGUGCUCGCUGGAUUAUAUCCACUGAAAGAUUCUGCAGCGUGGAAUCCAAAGUUGAACUGGUCUCCUAUACCGUAUGUGACCGCUCCGAAAAAGCUGAAUAUCCUCCUCGAAAGCCACAAAAGCUCCAAGUUUAAGAGGCUCAGGAAGCGAGCGCUUAAGUCCAAGGAAUUCCAAAGAAGACUCGCCAGCUUUUCCGACUUCAUCAAGUCCGUAAAAGAAAAAACGAACGUAAGAGAUAACGAUCUUCGCGCGAUUAUCGAUUCAACGUUCGACGUUCUAACUGCCAAUGAACACAUGAAUCUAUCCGUUCCCGAUUGGUAUACCUGGGAAGUGAAGCAACAAUUUUUGGAUGUAGAUGAUAUCAUACGGGACGCUUACGUUGCUACGCCGGAACUGAGGAAAUCGGGUCCUGGACCGCUCAUCAAAACUUUCGUACAAAACAUGAACUUGGAGGAAAAUGUCAAUAAUCCAAGAAAAAUCUAUCUGUACGCAGGCCAUAACACGAAUAUAGGCAUGUUCACGAGAGCACACCGCGUCAAUGAGUUUCGAUAUCCGUCAUUUGGAAGUGCAGUGAUACUCGAAAAGUUGAGGAAUAAGAAAAAUCGAGUUUACGUGAGACUGCUUGGUUGGAAUGGGUCCGGCUCAUUGACGACAUUGAAGCUGGCUAGCCACGAGAAAUUCUGCCCAAUCGAAGAUUACUUGAAGAUCGUGGAAGACGUAAUGCCGUCAAAUGAAGAAAUUGAUGACAUGUUGGCUGAUCUAAGUGCCAAGAAAAUCAGAAAAAUUUUCUUCAAAGACGAUCAAGUGACGAAAGCCAAUGAGUGAACGCUGAUAUUCAGCGCUUUUUACCGAUACGUAUUCUCUAUAGAAAGGCAAAAAUAUUUCGAAUUUUAAAUGCUUCAAGAUUAAUCUAUCGGUUAAAUUAAACAAACGGUUACGAAAUUUCAGUAAUUAGAUCAAAGUAGUCUGAAUAUGAAAAUAAACUGGAUGUGUUAUAAACAGAGUUUGUUUGUUUCGAAGCAUCUGUAACAAUUAUUUAAGUCUGGUAUUUUCAAGAGCUUUUUUAAUCUCUUUAUAGCUAGUAUAUUUCCAGAAUUGGUCUUAUCAUUUAAAUAAACGUAUAA